AAAAGAAGAAUCAAAUGGUGAAAACUCCUGUGAUCUCACAUGUUCUAUCCAGUCUUCUGAACCUUCGAGCCGGAGGAGGGGUCAAUCGGUUUUGGUGCACCAUCUAUCACACAAUGUUUCAACCUUUUGCUGCUUUAGGAAGUACUCUGCAAAUUGCAGGAACGGUCUCUCCUCCUUUCUGUUGAAACCAAAAACCGUGGAAGAGUGAACCAAACAGUCGAGCUUUUAGAUAGAUAUUCUCUCUGCUUUCUACAACCAAAGUCUUAAUGGAUGCUGACAGGCUGAAUUCUCCUAAUACUUCUGCAAUUACUCUUGAAGUCCUCGGCCAUCAACUACAAUUUUCUCAGGAUCCCAACUCCAAGCAUCUGGGCACCACAGUUUGGGAUGCAUCAAUGGUGUUGGUCAAAUUUCUGGAAAAGAAUUGUAGAAAGGGUAAGUUUUGCCCAUCUAAACUGAAAGGAAAACGUGUUAUAGAACUUGGAGCUGGUUGUGGAGUAGCUGGAUUUGGCAUGGCAUUGCUAGGAUGUGACGUAGUUUCGACAGACCAAAUAGAGGUUUUGCCAUUAUUAAUGAGGAAUGUUGAAAGGAAUACUUCAAGAAUUAUGCAGACAAAUGCUGAUUCAGCAUCAUUUGGUUCUAUCCAAGUUGCUGAGUUGGAUUGGGGAAAUCAGGGCCAUAUAAAGGCUGUUGAUCCUCCGUUUGAUUACAUCAUUGGCACUGAUGUUGUUUAUGCAGAGCAUCUCUUGGAACCACUCUUGCAGACGAUACUUGCAUUAUCUGGACCUAAAACUACAGUCCUGUUAGGGUAUGAGAUCCGGUCUUCAACUGUCCAUGAAAAAAUGCUUCAGAUGUGGAAGAGCAAUUUUGAAGUGAAAACUGUUCCAAGAGCAAAGAUGGAUAGUAAGUAUCAACAUGCCAGUAUCCAACUAUUCAUAAUGGGUUUAAAGCCUCAAGCUGGACGUGUAGAUAACAUGACCCAGGGGCACAAUCAGCAAAGCAGCAAAGUUAAAGCAAUAGAAGCUGGGCAUGGAGAAGAAGAGGAUCAUGAAACUUGUUGCAAGGUGAAGGAAUUUAAAUAUCAUGAUACAGAAGCUAACGAAGACAGCGGAUUGGUCAUGGAUCUUAAGGAUAGGAAACAACUUAGUGACUGGGAAGCAAGGAGAUACGGUUCUAUGGCAGCAAGGCUUCUCCGCGAUGUCAAGAUAACUUAAAAAAGUUUCCAAUGCAGAUGGAUGGAAGCUACCAAGAUGCUAUGGUUAUGGUGGGUCAAAGGUUGAACUGGAUCCACAGAAGAUAUGGUCUGAGGACAUGAUUGAGAAAGUAGCAAUGUGAAAUCAGAAACUGGGAAGAGAAAACAUGAGAAAAGGAGACGUUGAGUUGGAGGAUUUUAGUAUAAACUAUAAAGACGAUGGAGUAAUAGAAGCUUUUGAAUUGAAAGCACAGUACCUAACAAGCAAGGGAGAAAUGGCUUUAUGGCUUCGCCGCUUCUCCUAGACGUGUCAAGUUAGCAUAAAAAGUUGUGGAUUUUAUCUGAAUUUGUCCCUUGCAGCCCUGUAUUUAGUAUUUACUACAUUACUUUACUAAUUUUGGCGGACAUUUAUGGGCACCGAGAAUCUGGAUUUCGCCCUCACUGUCCUCACAAUUUCUUCUAUGAAUGAAAACAUAGAAGUAUGGAGAUGUUUGCAAUGCA